AUGGAUAGCGGAGUAAAACCCCGUCGCAAGGUCAUGAUUCUCAAGCUCUGGCAACUCAGGGCUCUCCGAAACAAGCGCACGCCGCUCCCAGAGCACCCGAAUGAGACCCCGUGGGAGGAAUUGAAAGAUGGAAAUCUUGUUGGUGUACUAGCCGAGCUGACUUCUCAGGGCAAACCGAAGCAUCGUGGCACUCCAAAGACUCCCACCGAGGUUUCCUCGUAUUACCAGCGCUGGACGCGAGAGGAGGUAGAUCUCCUUAUAAAACUGAAAAAAGAUGGACUGUCAUGGAAGAAUAUAGAGGUAAUUUGCGGGACCACUCGAUCGAAUGCUUCCCGCGGCACGAAUAGACAACACCACUAA